CUAAAGGCGCGUCCACUAUUAUUACCCCAGCAAGCGAGACUGUUAAUGUCGAAGCUGUUAAUGUCGAAGGAAAUGCUGAAGGUACUUCAACUAAUACGAAACAAAAAAGUGUGGCCACAGCUAAAGAUACUUCAGCUCAAAUCAUCGAGGGAUUAGACUCCCUUCAUCUUGAAACUCCACCCGAAACUGUGGAUUCCCUUCGUGCGUAUGAAAAAGAUACUGAUGAGGCACAGAGAUUUUUAGAUCGUAUGGGAAAUGAUUUCAGAUGGCCUACUUCUAUGCCCCAAAACACCAGAGAUCAAGUCUUCUGGGUUUUCACUGAUAUCGAUGUAACCGAAGAUGAUAAAGAAUACGCGCUCAAUUGCAUUUAUUUUUACAAUAGUCUUGACAAGGGAAUGUUUGAUGAACAUAAACAGGAUUGGGUACUGGUGUACAAGCAGAGUGUGGUUGAAUAUGGAGAAAAGAAGUCAAAUAAGCAACGGUCAGAUCUCGAUCGUGAAAUGCCUGGUGCCCUUUAUCUCCCAGUAGAUUCAUUACUUCGUGAAGUAUUUCUUAAUCCUAAAAUUCCCGCAGCGAGAGCAGUUCAAGCUCGAGUCAAAAGAGUUGGAAACGAAAAUACAAAUUUUAUUACUCUUGCUUAUCGAUUUAAUGAUACAAAAAAUCGGAAUAAACUUUACAAGACAGUUAUUGACACAGGUGCUCCAGAAACAAUACUAUCCUACGAAGUCCGUUCAUACCUAGGAACAGCUGGAUGGGAAAGACAAGCGGUAGUUGCACCUGGAUAUGGAGCACCUGCUAAAUUGUUUUUAGCUACAGACCCAUUUCAAGUAUCUAUUGGGGAUGAUAAUAAUUGGAGCAGAUGGGUCCAGACCAAUACGCUUCGGGUGUGGGAACGAAAGGCCGGUGACCAGGUGGAUUCUUCCCUUAUCGGGAAUGAUGUACUGGACCAAUUUACUUAUGUCCACCGGAGUGGAAGAGGACUUUUUUUCUUGAAUCAACGACAUGAAGGUCCACUAAGUGCAUAUUUAGAUAACAUAUCACCUUGA